ACUGGUACCGGUACCUGCCCACCCCUACCGGGGACGAGAAGGCUGGCGUAGGCUGCUGAAGAUAGGCAGCAGGUCUCCGGUGUCUCUCCAUAUCUCUACUCCACCGCCUUCACGAUGUCGCUCCGGGUGCUGGUGGGCGUCAAGAGAGUCAUCGACUAUGCCGUGAAGAUCCGAGUGAGGCCAGACAAGCUGGGGGUGGUGACAGAUGGGGUGAAGCACUCAAUGAACCCCUUUGACGAGAUAGCUGUGGAGGAGGCGGUGCGCCUAAAGGAAAAGAAGAUAGCACAAGAGGUGGUGGUGGUGUCUUGUGGCCCAACCCAAGCUCAGGAGACCAUUCGCACAGCUUUGGCCAUGGGUGCUGACAGGGGAAUCCAUGUGGAGGUCCCAGCCAAGGAGGUGGAAAAACUGGAGCCAUUACAUGUGGCCAAGAUCAUGGCCAAGCUGGUGGAGCAGGAGAAGGCAGACCUGGUGAUACUUGGUAAGCAGGCCAUUGAUGAUGACGCCAAUGCCACAGCCCAGAUGACAGCUGCCCUCCUGGAUUGGCCCCAAGCAACCUUUGCCUCCAAGAUAGAGAAGACUGAUGGAGAGCUACAGGUGGUGAGGGAGGUGGAUGGUGGUCUGGAGACUAUCAAGGUUAAGCUGCCAGCGGUUGUUUCUGCUGAUCUCCGCCUCAAUGAACCAAGAUAUGCCACCUUGCCCAACAUCAUGAAAGCCAAAAAGAAGAAGAUUGCCAAGAUGAAGGCUGCUGAUCUUGGGGUGGACACAGCCCCUCACUUUGAUGUGGUGGAGGUGGCAGACCCACCCACUAGGGAGGCUGGCAUCAAAGUGGAGGAUGUGGAUACUCUCAUUGCCAAGUUGAAGGAGGCUGGCCGCAUAUAGCAGGCCACUGGGAAAGGUGCUGUGCCCUGGUGAUGGAGACACUGCCAAUCAAUGCAAUUUUUACCUCUCUGGCAACUAAGUCUUUACAAGUGUGCUGUUGCUAUUAACAAAGAAGUCUUGUAAAAUACUGUUCAAUUCUUAUUUUCUUGUAUAGAAUUAUAUCUUAUAUAGUAACAUGUUCAAUAAAAUAAAUAAAAAUAAAAAUGU